AUGUCUACAAUGCUAAGAACCAGGCUCCGUUCUCUUUCCUUGGCUCGUCAGUGGCAAAAUGUUCGUCUUUUCUCCACUAAACACGACGGAUCAGGUCAUCCCAAUCAAAUCCCAGAACCCAUUUCAAACCGACCCUUGAGAGGGGAAACACAUCCUUCUCGAACCCCAAGGUACAACAACCGUGAUGCACGAAUCAGGAAUGAGACUGAUGCUGAUUUCUUGGAAAGGUUCAAGCUCGGGUUUGAUCGCAAAUCCGAAAACCCUAAAACCGAGAACGCCGAGAAUACAGAACAGCCACUGCCGCCACCGGAGGAUGCAGACGAGAUUUUCAAGAAAAUGAAGGAGACUGGUCUGAUACCCAAUGCUGUAUCCAUGCUCGAUGGCUUGUGUAAAGACGGGCUCGUGCAAGAGGCUAUGAAGUUGUUUGGGUCCAUGCGUGAGAAGGGCACAAUUCCCGAGGUGGUUGUAUACACGGCUGUGGUGGAGGGGUUCUGCAAAGCACAGAAGUUUGAGGAUGCAGUCAGAAUAUUCCGGAAGAUGCAGGGUAAUGGGGUGGACCCCAACGCGUUUAGUUAUCAAGUCUUGAUCCGGGGACUGUGUGGAGGGAAGAAGUUGGAGGACGCGCGAUCGUUUGUUAUUGAGAUGUUGGAGGCCGGGCAUGCUCCGAAUAUAGCCACUUUUACGGGCUUGGUGGACGUUUACUGUAGGGAGAAGGGUUUGGAAGAUGCUCGGGACGUGAUUGGGGCAAUCAGGCUCAAAGGGUUCGUGGUCGAGGAAAAAGCGGUAAGGGAUUAUUUGGAUAAGAAAGGGCCUUUCGCACCUUUGGUCUGGGAGGCUAUACUAGGCAGGAAGGCUUCAAAGAGAACUCUCUUCUGA